UUUGCAAGGAAAUUAUGCUACGGAAAGAAGCAGCCGGAGAGAAAAAAUAGCCGGCCUGAUGGGGUGAAUCAGGCCAAGAGAGCUGCUGAAAACACAGUCAGUCCACAGCAAUUGAUGAGGAAACUCAAGAACCCUAAACCCAUUACUCCUCCUAAUGAUGCCCCCAAGGCCAUUUCUCGUCCUGUUCGUGCUCCGAGCUUCAGUACAGGGUGCACCUCAAUACAAAGCUGUUCAGAGAGCGCCAUCUCGUUCUCGCAGAACCAGAUGCGUGACUUUGAAUCCAUGGCGACCAAACUCACCAAGGAGUUGAGGUCCAUGAAGGAAAUUGCUGAAGCAACAUUGCACGGCAACCCAUCCGACUCCCCCAAAUAUACCCACCAAGAGGCGAGUAGUGCCAUAGAGAAAGCAGCAAGAGUGGAAGACAAUGCGCGAAGAUGGCUCUCCACAAUGGCAAGGGAUUGCGAUCGCUUCUGCAAACUAAUGAAAUUGGCCCAGAACGGUUCCGCUCCUCCAGCAGCAAAUGUCGUCGUCGUCCAGAAGGAGAAGAGGAAGAUAUCAUUCGCCGACGAAGCUGGCGGCCAGCUCUGCCACGUCAAGACUUUCAAGAGCGAGGUCGAGUUCAUGGGGCCGGUUCAUGUUGUUGAUUGAGGGAAAAACCUGGGGCCAUGGACACUUUCUCCUCAGCGCAUGCUGUACUUGUAACGUUGUUGUACGUCCAGUCUCUUGAUUCACAUGAAUGCAACAAAAUUACUUCACGGUUACAGGCUAGUCUCAAAAGGAUAGUGGAAUUGCUCGAAUCGAUUGUUGUUGUGACUUGUGAGUUAGCUUUCUUUCCCGCAUUUUUUUUAAUAAAAUUGUAAUUUAGUUGGUUAAUCUCUUGUAAAUAAUCUCUAUGCUGCAGCCUGCAAGUGAUUAUGUGACACUUGGUCAUAUUUAAAUGAGCUGGCCGUCCUGUUUUUGUUUCGUUUCCCAGAUUUUGCGGUGUAAAUUCCAAUACUACGG